ACAUAAUUAACAUUCUUUUUUUACGUUGAUUGUUACAAAUUACUGCCCAAGAGUCGUUAGGCAAUUAGGAUCAUGUUAAAAGUUUUGAAUGCUUUUGUUGAUAAUUCUACAAUUAUUAUAAUUUCCUUAGAGUGUACAUAAUAUUGUAAUUAUAUUAAGAAAACACUGAAGUUUUGAAUGAUCAAUGAUUUUUAUGAUCGGACAAACUGUAAUAAAGAAUGCCAGAAACGAUAUUUGGCACAAUGCAAUAAAUUGUAAAACAUUCUUGUAUUGAGUAUUAAAGGAGAGAGUGCAUCAAAUCACUUAUUACUAUUUAAGAAUCGGUAGAGGCGACGGCUCUGGCUUUGGGUCAGGAUGGGGGUUCGGAAUGGGAUCAGGAUACUACAAAGGAAAAACGGAAAGAUUUUGGGUCCCAGCAUUACCAAUGCCAGCGGCUAUAACAUGCUGCGUUCUCAACUUUCUUAUACCCGGUCUGGGCACAGCUAUUGCGGGACUGUUUAUGUUAUGUUUUGGAAGGACGGAAGACAUGGAGCAAUCAUCUAAGGGUAUAAGCUGCUUGGCGAACUGUGGAAUAGGCUUCCUCCAACUGGUUGUUACACUUGCCAUGUUUAUUGGAUGGUGCUGGAGUUGCUAUUGGGGAAUCUUAUUUAUCAUGAUGAGUGUUGAGUAUUACCAUAACAACAAGGUAGACGAUGACGACAGAAUAAACGUAGCCCCCACGACGAGCGUCGUUACUACAACUGUCAUAACUCAACAACCUUUCCAACCGUUCCAGGUUGCUCAGCCUGGCACCCAGCCUGGACCGCACGUAACAACACGGCAACCUGUGGCUCCGCCUCCUUAUCAAGGAACCAGUUCCGUCGGGAUCAAUCCGUCAGGUUCAGCAUUAUAUCCUGACCCGCCGACGGUACGAUAUGCAGACGGCAGCGAGCAGAAACUUGCCGUGUAAUUCUUAUGAACAUUCAGCCGGAUUGAAUUUUAACGUUAUGAUAAAAUGGCGAUGCAGUUUUAUUUCCAAUAUUUAUACAUUACUUGGUUUUUGUACAGAAAGAGGAAAAAAACGUUUAUUUUUGUGUAAUUCCAAUAUCUUUUACUUCAAGCAAUGUGACUGCUUUAGCAGAGACGUUCACACAUUGAUGAAACAUUUAUGUUUUUGUAUUCGUAUCAUAUAUGCGUAUUUCAUCGUUUCAUCAGUGCCGAUCAUCACUUCCCACACGAGAUGGUUAAAGUUUUCAUACAAAAUGAACGAUAGAAUAUGAUCGGCAAAUUCGACAUGAACUACUAGCAAACAGAUACACAAGAAAGGACAAAAGUUUUGGUUUAGAUAUCUUUAACACUGUCUAAAAUUAUUCUUCAUAUGCUUAACUAUAUAGAGUUUAUUUAGUCACUGAUAAACUGUAUCACUAUA